AUUUGGGAAAGACUCAAAGAAGCCAGUAAGAAAAAAACAAGGAGUGGAGCUAGGAUGCCAAAAUGUGAUCUUUCAUGCACCAAAAUGAAUCUUGAUACGGUGGGGUUCACCGGCCCGACAAGCAAGAGUGUUAUGUGCCCUAGCUAGCUAGGUACCAGUGGCCACCCAGAUGGAUGCUCUCCCCUCUUUUUUCAUAGAUGUAAUAUUCACCUUCUAUGCAAUUUGGAUUCUUCAGUUGGGUUUUGUACGUAAGACCCAUGUGACAAAAGCCGGCUAGCACUGGGCUUUAUAUGUGUCUACUUACAAGCUUCUCUACCCCUCUCCAAAUCCCUGAGAGACAAAUCAUCGAUCAGGUGGUGUGCAUAGCCACAGUAAAUAUCAGAUAUUCAGAUCCGAGCACUUUGGCAGUUUGGCCCCUCUCGUAUGAAAGUGGAGAAUGGUGAAUGGUUAAUUGGUGAUUGACUUACCGAAACAAACAGCGAAUCAUAUACAGGCAAUACCAUCCAUCGCCCAUCAACUCCAAAAGAAAAGCACAGCCAGAUCUAGAGAGAGAAACUGUGAGAGGGGAGGAAGGGCGUGGGUUGAAUGGUCGAUAGAGAUAGAUAAAUGGAUGUCCGCCCAAACGGACAGAAAGCAUAACCCAGAUUUGUUUUUUAUAUUACCCCAUAAAGCGAAUCUCGCACAAAUCUUUAGAGAGAGAAAAGAUCCAGGUGGCUCGCUCUCGCGGACUCGCGUGCCGCCUUUAAAGACACACACAAGGUGUUUGAAAGCCAAACCUUCUCUUCUCCGCCUCAAAACGCCGUGAAGUAAAGUCAUGGCGAACACCAGCAUAAGAGUGAAAGAAGCAGUGCUGGUAACCCCUUCAGAGCCAACCCCAACCCACGUCCUUACCCUCUCCGCUCUAGACUCUCAGCUUUUCCUCCGCUUCCCCAUUGAGUACCUCUUCGUCUACCGCUCUCUCUCCGUUCCUAACCGUUCUGCCACCGUAGCUAGUCUCAAAGCUGCACUCUCGCAGGCCCUCGUCCCUUACUACCCUUUUGCCGGCCGAAUCAGGGCGGCUCGACCAGACGCCAAUCUUGAGGUUGUUUGUCGAGCCCAAGGUGCGGUAUUCAUUGAGGCCGUGUCCGAUGUCCCAGCAGCUGAGUUGGAAAGUGCCCCGAGUUACUCUACCCAGUGGCGAAACCUGCUGUCCUUCCACGUGGCAGACGUUCUUCAAGGGACCCCACCUCUUGCUGUCCAGCUAACUUGGCUUCCUGACGGUGCAGCGGCGGUUGGUGUAGGCAUCAACCAUUGUCUCUGCGACGGAAUCGGCAGCGCCGAGUUCCUCAACACAUUUGCUGAUCUAGCCACGGGCAGACGCGGACUUGCUGAAUUGAAACCGAAACCCAUCUGGAAUCGCCACCUUCUCGACCCAGUCAUCCGUCAACCACACCACCGAUUUCCAGCGGCUAGCCACCCCGAGUUCAACCAACAUCAAGACUCAUAUGGGUUUGCCCAACGCUUCUCCCGAGAACCGCUCACUCCAACGUGCGUCACCUUCGACCGAAGAGCUCUAACCCAACUCAAGAAGCUCGCAACCUCCAACAGCCGAACCGACGAGCUGGAUAUCUCGUACACCUCCUUUGAGGUGCUCUCAGCUCACAUAUGGAGAUGUUGGGCUAGAGCUUUGCAGCUACCAGAGACACAGAAGUUGAGGCUUCUCUUCAGCGUCAACAUUCGUAACAAAAUGAAGCCCAAUCUCCCCGAAGGGUACUACGGAAACGGGUUCGUGUUGGGUUGUGCGCAGACCGGGACCAAGGAAUUGAUCGAGAAUGGGCUGGGUUCGGCAGCUGGGUUGAUUAGGAGGGCUAAGGAGAGGGUAGGGGACGAGUACGUGAGAAGGGUUGUGGAAUCGGUGAGCGGGUCGAGGGCUUGUCCAGACUCGAUUGGAGUUCUGAUAAUAUCUCAGUGGUCAAGGCUGGGAUUGGAGAGGGUUGACCUAGGAAUGGGAAUGGGGAAACCCGUUCACGUGGGGCCCAUCUGUUGCGACAGGUAUUGUCUGCUCUUACCAGUUUUCGAGCAGAGAAAUGCAGUGAAGGUGAUGGUGGCGGUCCCGAAGAGCGCCGUUGUCAACUAUGAAUAUUUGCUUACUAGCCUCUCAACCUCCUGACUCUCUCUCUCCCUGACUCGUUCCGUACACAUUGACGCGUAACUUUUUUGUUUUGACUUUUCAAAACUAUUCCAAGAUUCUCCUGGAGCGCAUACUAUUUGGAUCUGCUCUAUUUGUUUCUA